AUGAACACCACGCUACAUAACAACAAAUUAUUCAUCUUCGUGAGUGCAAUGGCUUUGCUGUUUACAAUCGCAGCAUCCGUGCCGAUGCAAGAAGAGGAACAAGUGGAGAAUGCUCUGGUGCCUCGCGCCGAUGAUGACUCCGACAUGUCAGUGCCCUGGGAUGCUCUUAAUACUGCUGCACUCCGCAAAUUGCUGCUUCAACUUGAUGCUGAUGAUAGACUGAACAUGGGUCGUGUGGGUCGCUCGUGGCCCCAAGCCGAGCCUCGUGGCUGGGGACUUCGGGCUAUAGACGGCAGGCUGGCUCGACAGUGGCGCGCCGACAAAAGACAAGUUCGCUUCCGACAAUGCUACUUCAACCCAAUCUCCUGCUUCAGGAAGUAA